UUGGUCAACAUACCACAUGCGGGGAGAACACUUCCUGCAACUAUCGGAAGCAGGUGGCUGCAGCAAAAGCAAACAGCGUUUGAAGGAUGUUAUGGUCGAACAGUUGUAUGAGUCUGAAGUUAUUGCUAUCCGUUAGAUGUUGGGCAGAAUAAUUAGCCCGCUGUUGAUCAGAAGACCACAUCUUAUUUGGACACGUAACCUCCUCACCAUGAAGUUGAAGACCUGUGAAUUCCAGUCCUUGUUGUCAGAAGGAUUGAACGCUGUAGCAGGUCUAUUUGAAAAGCACCAGUUUGAGUUGAGAAUUGCAGGGGGUGCUGUCCGCGACCUGCUAUCGGGCAAGCGCCCAGAGGAUGUGGACUUUGCCACGACGGCCACUCCGGAGGAGAUGAAGCGCAUGUUCCAGGCGGCAGGGAUCAGGAUGAUCAAUAAUAAAGGGGAGAAACACGGGACCAUCACUGCCCGACUUCACAACGAGAACUUUGAGGUGACCACUCUCCGAGUGGAUGUGCAGACAGACGCGCACGCCGAGGUGGAGUUCACCAAGGACUGGGAGAAGGACGCAGAGCGCAGAGACCUCACCAUCAACUCCAUGUUCUUAGGGUUAGAUGGAACCCCUAUACGAUUAUUACAAUGAUAUGAAGACCUGCAGAACCGCAAAGUCGUUGUGGGCAGCGGACAGAGGAUCCAGGAGGACUACCUGAGGAUCCUACGCUACUUCAGGUUCUAUGGCCGGGUGGUGCCCGAGCCCGGGGACCACGAGCCUGAGACCCUGGACGCCAUCAGGGACAACGCCUCUGGCCGCGGCAUCUCCGGGGAGAGGAUCUGGGUGGAGCUGAAGAAGAUGGUGGUGGGCAGCCAUGCCGGUCACCUGCUGGAGCUCAUGUAUGACCUGGGCCUGGUCCAGUACAUGGGUUUACCACCAGAUGGCGACAUUGAGGAGAUGAAACGCGUGUGGCAGAACGCCAAGGAUUCUUCCCCCAAGCCCAUGACUGUCUUGGCCGCGUUCUUCCACCGGCCAGAGGAGGUGGACAAGAUGGACCUAAGGCUCAAGGUGUCCAAAGAGGAGAAGACUCUGGCUCAGUUCCUUGUAAAACACAGACGAGAACUGCACAAGUGUCCGGACAACCCAGACAGCCUCACCCCCUUCACAGACUUCAUCAUCGAUAGCCGCGAGUUGGACUCCAAGCUCAAGGUGUGCGAGCUGCUCAAGUACCAGGGCGAGGCCCGGCUGCUGGCGGAGCUCACGGACUGGUCCACCCCGCGCUUCCCUGUCAGCGGCCACGACCUGAGGAGGCUGGGCGUCACCUCGGGCAAGGAGAUCGGCAGCACCCUCCAGGAGCUCCGCGACGUGUGGAAGAGAAGCCGCUACCAGAUGGACAAAGAGGAGCUGCUGAGCCACGUCCACCACUGAGCCACCGUCGACGGGCCCUUCAGCGAGGCGGCGGGGUUGUCUGUCCAUGAUGGCCACGUGUGGGACUGCGUGAGGCGGGGGGGAUUGAACUAGGUGGCAGCUGUGGGGAGGGGGGGGGGGGGUUGCGAAUGAGCUUGUGUGUGUGGACCAUCAUGUGGAUAUUCUCAACACACACACACACACACACACACACACACACACACACACACACACACACACACACACACACACACACACACACACACACACACACACACACACACACACACACACACACACACACACACCCCCCCCAACAACAUCAAACCCUCUCCCCCCCCCCAUGGAUGAAGACAAUCUAUACUGGGUUAGGGUGCAACCACUGCUGUUCCAAAUCAACCACCUCAUUGGCCCAGAGAUGUUUUAAAAAAAUAUGAGCACAUUCAAAGGGCGAUUUGCUGCCAGCCUCACAGCUGCGACCAUUUUAGGAAAGUUUGUUAAUGGCAAAAGCAAUAGAUUGCGGCCCAUCUGUGUUAUUGCAGAUCCAUUUUUGUUUAUUUAUUUAUGGUUCACGAAAAAUAAUUUGGAGAGAUUUGAUGGGCUGAAGAUGAUGACCCUUGUACCAGUCCUAAUUACUUUAUUUUUUGUUAUGAUACUAUACCGCUAUUUUCAUAAUUGUUUUGAGCAAUGGAUUGGCUGGAAUACAAAAUGCUGUAUCACUACAUUCACUUGGUCCAAUAAUUAAACACAUAAACAAAUA